CGGAGUUCACCAAAUUUGAUAGAAAGGAUAACAAUUUAAUAUUCUGCAACUAUACAUUUUGAAAGGGGUUAAAAUUACAAAACUGAUCUCCAAACUAGUAGUUUAGAAUUAGAUGCCUCAACAUCAAAAAAUAAAAAAAGAAGACAGAGGAAGUAUAACACAGUGGCCGCUCCCAUUUUCCGGCCACCAUGCUUAUCGGAAUACAAAAAUACCACAUUUCUUCCGCCGCAGCAGCAAGUCCCGUUCCGGCCACCUCAGUUUCUUCUUCUUCUUCUUCUUCUUCUUCUUCUUCUUCUUCUUCUUCUUCUUCUUCUUCGUCUUUACAUCCACAAUAAAAUCUAGGAUUUUGAAUUUGUUGUUUCCGCCACCGUUUUAACCGCCGCUCGCAGCUACCGUUAUCGUCCUCUCAUCUUUUUCUUUGCUUUGUGAGUUUCCAUCCAUUCUCUUCGAUGCCACGGCCGCCACAGGAUGGUUGAAUUUUCAAUAAGUAAUGCUAGAUAUAGUUAUGUGCAUGAUCAGAAAUAUCCCUCUGAAGACAUACACCAUAUAGUUCUGAGGAGAAGUGGUGCAAAACAUCUUUUUGUGUAUGCCUCAGCACUUUUUGUAUUAGCAUGUGGCAUCUAUCUCUAUGUUUCUGAGGAAAAAUCGAUCACUCUUGUGUAUUACAGUUUGCUUUUUGACAUUCUUCUUGUCAAGUUGUUACUUCGGAAGCCUGUUAAUAAAGAGUCUGUUGUGAUUAUGCCAGCUUUUGGUGUACAGCUUGAGAAUCACUAUAUGAGUGGAAAAGUCAUACGAUGCUUUGUUCCCAUUGACAAGAUUCUAAAACCUGUUUUAUUAGAAUGUGUGACUCCAGUGACUUGCUACUGGACUCUAUCCUUGAUUGUUCGUGAGGAAUCAGAAAUGGUGUUAGUUUUCAAGAAAUUGCGACCGCCUGUUAAAAUGCUGGUCCAUAUCUGGAAGGCUUUGUGUGCUGCAACAGAUAAUAAAGAAGAGACUUGUACACAUACAGAGAUUUUGUAUAAUAUUAAUUGAUGCCCUGUUAUCACAAUACAACUUUAUUGGAGGAGUUAUAUGAAGUUUCAACUCUUCUAGAAUUCUUACAACUUUAUUGGAAGAGUUAUCCGAAGUUUCAACUCUUCUAGACUUUUUUGAAGCCAUAUAAUCUCACAAACAUCUUGAACCAUUGCCAUAUAUUCUUCCUCAACACUACUUCUUACUACUACAUUUUGUUUUUUAUUCUCCUCCAAGUAGCUAAGUGCAUGUUUGGUUUAGCUUUUGGAAAGGCCAAAAGCAAUUCUAGAAGACUAGAAUUGAUUCUGGGUUAUUUUAAGAUGUUUGGUUAGGCAAAAGUAGAAUUGAUUCUGUCUCCAGAAUUGAUUCUACCAGAAGCUAGAAUUUGUAGCUUCUGCCUCCAGAAUUGAUUCUGGAUGAUUUUUACAUUGUAAUUUAUUGUUCAACUCACUUUUACAUAAAUGUAUCCAAACAUAAAUCAAUUCAGCUAAACUCAAUUCUGAUAAAAUCAAUUCUACUAAACUCAAUUCUGCUAGAAUCAAUUCUGUCCACCGCCAAUCCAAACACACCCUAAGUUUACUCAAACAAAUGUGCAGUAACAAGAAGUUGACUUCCUAUUUGUAAUAGAAUAUGUCCAGACUACAUCACUGUACACUUCAAUGUCUUGCUAAUGUGUUUUCUUAAAGAAGAGUCCUUUGUUUGGGGGAACUUUUGAAGUAUCUUAAAAUGUGGUAGAUACUCUCUAAAUGUUUAUCAUGUGGUGAGUGCACGGAUUGACUCACUAAACUUUCAGCAAAUGCUAUAUCUGGGCGAACGAUUUUAGGUUUCACAGCCAAUGGUGUUAGGUUUCACAGCAGGAGCAAACAAUUUUAGUAAUCAAUAUCAUAUGUUUGUGUAAAGUUUUUGGAAACAAGUCGAACUUUAUACUUCUGAGUUGAUUCAUCUGCCUGACAUUUCAUGGUAAACAUCCAUUUACAUAUCACAAUUAUUUUUCUUCUAAGAUCAACCUCUUUCCAAGUCUAAUUUUUUUAAGAGCCCAAAUCUCAUCUAAUACAACUUUCCAUUUAGCAACCCUUAGAGCUUCAUGCAUAUCACUUGGAAUUUCUAUUUUAGCUGGUUCACAAGUAAAGGCUCUAAAAUGGGUGGCAAUUUGUCAUAAGAUAUAGAGUUGAAAAUAAGAUGUUUGUAGAGGAUCUUACACCUUUCCUAACAGGAAUAGAUAGAGUAUAAUUAGCAAUAUGGUUGGUUGAAAAGGAAAAAAAAACAUUAUUAAGAACAAGUUCAAUAAGG